AUGGAGGAGGAUAUAGUGGGGUACUCGAGGGGCAGGAACCUCUUCACUGCUCUUGCUUCAGUGUGUUCCCACUUCAACUCUGCCUUCAUCGUGAACACAGCCCAGGAGAAAGCCCGCUGCGUUGACCCUUUGGAGGAGAACGACGCAGACGAUGAGGGGGACAUUUGGUACAACCCCAUCCCAGAGGACGAGGAGCCGGAGCAGACCCACAGCGGCAGACCCUCCAUCAGGCUGCACCCUCCCCGACAGAGAGCCAGAGUGGGGGCAGACGCACGCACCCCUGACUCUGCCGAAGCCCCCACAGAAAACCCCAGCAUGGCAGAGGUCGCUGUACAUUCCUCCGAAUCCGUACAUGUGCACAGGCAAAUUCUGGCGUGCAAAAACCAGGACGACGGAGGCCCCUCUCUCAGCAAAACCACAAUUGGUCCAGAAGUCCCCAGCAUCUCCAUUGGUUUCUCCCCUCCGUCAAGCCCCAACCCCACCAAGAAGAGCAGCUCCAUCAACUGGUCUUUCCCCGACAAGAUCAAGUCCCCUCGCACUGUCAGGAAGAUCUCCAUGAAGAUGAAGAAGCUCCCUGAACUGAGCCGAAAGCUCAGUCCUCCACGGUUGUCCGCUCCUGGGGGUGGACAGGCCAGUCGAAAUGUCAUCUCCCGCUACCAUCUAGAUAGCAGUGUAUCAACUCAAAAUAGUUUUAGCAAGAAGAAAAGCAGCGGCACUUCCAAGUCGAGCAGUAAAGGCGGGGUCACACGAACGCACCAACUGGCAGUCAAGCUGGAGCCACGGGGCUUGAUCUACGUGAAGCUGAGUCUGAUGGAGCAGUGGCAGAACUCGCUGGACGGUCCGGACGGGAGCAGGGAGCCGGUGGUGUUCGGGCUGGAUGCGUGGCGUGUGGUGGAGCGAGAGAACACAGGACUCAUGGUGCCGCUACUCAUCAGCAAGUGCAUCAAUGAGAUUGAGAAGAGAGGAUGCCAGGUGGUGGGCCUGUACCGGCUGUGUGGCUCUGCAGCUGUGAAGAAGGAGCUCCGGGAAGCCUUCGAGCGGGACAGCCAUGGAGUGGAGCUUUGUGAGAACAUCUAUCCUGACAUCAAUGUUAUCACAGGUGUGUUGAAGGACUACCUGCGGGAGUUGCCCUUCCCUCUGAUCAAUAAGCAGCUGUAUGAAGCCGUUCUUGAGUCCAUGGCGCUGAGACCCCUGAGGAUGGGAGCCUCGGGCUGUGAGAACGAGAGCACUGACUCUGACCACACUGUGGCUCUGCUGGACAUCCUGCCAGACGUUGAGAAGGUGACUCUCCACAAGCUGCUGAACCACCUGAAGUUGGUGGCGUCGUAUCAGGAGGUGAACAAAAUGACAUGUCAGAACUUGGCUGUGUGCUUUGGGCCCGUGCUGCUGAGUCAGCGGCAGGAGGCCUCGUGUCACUCCAACCGGGUCUUCAUCGACUCGGAGGAGCUCGCCAGCGCUCUGCACUUCAAGAAGCACAUCGAGGUCCUGCACUACCUGCUGCAGCUCUGGCCAGUUGUGGACCCUCAAGCCCAGCCGGCACAGCUCUCUGCAGAUACUGUGAUCCCCACCUCCCUGGACCUGCUCUCUGCUCCUCCAAUCAGGCGGAGGAAAGAGCGCCCCCAGGUGUUGAACUUGUCAGAAGCAGAGAUGGCAGGUGUGCUGAGGCCCAAACCAGGCCGACUGGAUAGUCCCAGUAACCGUUACGCUGGCGACUGGAGCGGUUGUGGGGAGAACUAUUUCCCGAUGGAGAUGCUGCCUCCUGCGUGUCGAGAGGAGGCGGACUACGAUGACGUGGCCUCCGAGGACAACGACGGCCCAGCAGAGGAGAAGAGAGAGGACGUCAGCACAACAGGGUCCGAUCAGAGUUCUGAGUGUGUGGAGCAAGAGCAGGCCCCCAGUGUGGAGCCAGAGGAGGUGGAGGAAGAGGAGCAGACUCAGGUUGUGGCAGAGACAAUAAAGCCGCCCCCAGAGCUGCAGCAGGAGCGCCUGUGUGAACACAUCCUGCCCCCGCGACACAUACAGCACAAAGAACACACGUACCAGGCCUACAUGAAGAUCCAGGACAUCAGCCCAGUGCUGAGCAACAGGGUCAACCUGAGGGACCUGCAGGAGAGCAUCGACACGCUCAUAGGAAACCUGGAGCGAGAACUCAACAAGAACAAGCUCAAUGUGGGAUACUGA